UCCAGGAGGUCAAGGUCCCCCAGGAUCAAUGGGUCAUCCAGGAUCUGUGGGCCGUCCUGGGCCAAUGGGACCAAAGGGCAACACUGGGCCUGAUGGACCCAUGGGACCAAAAGGCAAUCUGGGACCAGAAGGCAAAGAAGGAUUUGAUGGAUCUCAUGGCCUUCCAGGUAUUCCAGGCUUACAGGGUCCUCCGGGAGCCCCAGGUCAUCCAGGCUGCAAUGGAACAGAUGGAGACGUUGGACUUCCUGGUGUUCCAGGUCUUCCUGGUUUUGAUGGACAACCAGGUGUUCCAGGUCUGAGUGGACCCAAGGGUGAAUCUUUAGCACCAAAUCAUUCCAAACCAGGGUUACCAGGACCACCAGGUAGAGAUGGAAAUUUGGGACGCCCAGGUGCACCAGGAGAGCAUGGAUUGCCAGGGAACCCUGGACCAAGAGGAUUGCGUGGACUUCCAGGUCACCCCGGGAUUCCAGGAAAUAAGGGUCAUGAAGGGACAGCUGGUGUCCCAGGACUUCAAGGUCCGAAGGGGAGGCAAGGCCCAACAGGACCACCUGGACCUCCAGGAMGGAUUAAGGACUUUUUCACUGAAAGUCUGGUAUUAAAGGGUGUAAAGGGAGACAGAGGGGAUCUGGGAGACAAAGGCUGCAGAGGUGAAACAGGAGAACCUGGGUAUGGUUUUUACACAAAAGGAGCAAAGGGAGACAAAGGAAUACCAGGUCCAGAAGGAAAGCCAGGGAAGGACGGUAAUUUUGGAUUAGCUGGAUUCAGGGGAAGGCCUGGCUCCAGAGGUGAUCCAGGACAUCCAGGACUACCAGGAGGAAUGGGCGAGAAGGGAAAUAGAGGCCCUUCUGGUCCACCAGGAGAUGUUUUUGCACCAGAGUCACUCAAAGGAUACCCUGGAGACCCUGGUCCACCAGGUCUUCCUGGUCUCCCUGGGCAUCCAGGUGUUGUUGGUUUUCCUGGACCUCCUGGACCUCCAGGCGAUACAUUAGGGUUUUCCUUGCCAGGCCCACGUGGCCCUCCAGGCUUCCCUGGUCCCAAAGGAGACCCUGGGGAUUCUGCAGAUAUUUUCAGUAGUCCUCCAGGUCUAGAUGGUGAUCCUGGUGAUCAAGGGCCUGCUGGGGAACGAGGCCCACCUGGACCCCCAGAAGACAGAACUAACAGAAUUACAAAGGGCCUCCCUGGAAUGAAAGGACUGAAAGGUUUGCCUGGAGCAACAGGAUAUGAUGGGAUUGUUGGAAAGAAAGGAGAGAAAGGAGAGCCUUGUUAUGAAUGUAGUGGAUUAAGUCUCCCAGGGCCACCAGGUCCCCGCGGUCCACCUGGCCCUCCUGGCACUAAUCCAGGACAAGGUGAAGGAGGUGAUCCAGGCUUUCCAGGACCUCCAGGUUUAUCUGGACAACCUGGUCUGGUUGGUUCAAAAGGCUUACCAGGUCCUCCAGGACCAAAGGGAGAYUCUUAUUCCUAUCACUUGCCUGGUUUAAAAGGGGAAAAAGGAGAUCCGGGGUAUCAUGGAAGACCUGGUGCUGAUGGCUUCCCUGGGUCUCCUGGAUUACCAGGUCGCAAAGGUGCUCAAGGGCCACCUGGAGAUUUGCAUCUUCUUCCUGGAGUGGAAGGAGACCCUGGAUCUCCAGGUCUACCAGGGGCUUUUGGUAUACAAGGACCGAUUGGCUACCCUGGACCAGUGGGAUAUGGACCUCCUGGAUCUCCUGGAAUUAAAGGAGACACUGGUGUACCUGGCUUCCCUGGACAGCCUGGAAUUCCAGGACAAAAAGGAGAACCUAGUCAUUUUCAUAUUCAAGGGCCUCCAGGACCACCUGGAUUUAAAGGUCUUCCUGGCUUACCAGGAAGUCCAGGGUAUCAGGGAGCACCAGGUACCCCAGGAACACCAGGUUUUGAAGGGCAAAAAGGAGAAAGAGGUGAAGUGUCAAUUCCUGGACGUCCAGGGCUCCCAGGUUUUAAAGGUAUUACACUAAGCAUACAAAAACAGAUUGCUUUUGUUUUAAACAAUGGUAAAAUAAAAAUAAUAAAAAUUCAUAUUAAAAUGUCAUUAAUGURUCAUGUAUGUGGUUGUUCAGGUGAUAAGGGGCAGGCAGGUAUUCCAGGUAUUCCAGGCAGGGGCUUACCUGGGCAAUCUGGUCCAGAAGGCCCUCCAGGUCCUCCUGGAGAGAAGGGUGAUGGUGGUGUYGGAUAUACUGGCCCCUCUGGUCCCCCUGGGCCUCCAGGUGAAGAAGGAGCUCCAGGGCCAGAAGGCGAUCCUGGAAUUCCUGGUUUUCCUGGGAAACCAGGACCAGUUGGGAACCCAGGGCCUCCAGGACAAAAAGGAAUUAAAGGUACUACUGGCCCUCCAGGGCUGCCUGGAAGCAAAGAGCCAUGCCAAAGUUUACCUGGGCCAGAGGGACCACCAGGGACAGAUGGUUAUCCUGGACAUCCAGGACCUAAUGGCUUGCCUGGUGAAAAAGGAACUAUAGGUUUACCAGGGUUUGGUCAUCCUGGCCUUYCUGGAAAUCCUGGUCUACCUGGGUUAUCAGUACAGGGUUCACCUGGACUUCCUGGACCAAAAGGAAGGAAAGGACAAAAUGGUUGGCCUGGUCAGCCAGGACCAAGAGGAGAUUCUGGACCUGAUGGGAURUCAGGGCAUGGACCAGAGGGAAUACCUGGUAAUAUAGGGCAACCUGGUCCAAGAGGGGACCGAGGCCCUGAUGGAGCUAAAGGUCUCCAAGGAUYACCUGGCAUGGAUGGAGAGCCAGGUUCCAGAGGCCUUACAGGGCCAGUGUCCAUUUUUAAUUCAACUGGACCACCUGGGGACCCCGGAGCACCAGGACAACCUGGUUUGCCUGGUCCUAGUGGAGAUCCUGGUAGAACUGGAACAAAGGGGCAGAAAGGAAAUGCAGGAUUAUCUGGGAUUGAAGGGCUAAGAGGUCCUCCUGGUGAACCAGGUCUUGAUGGAGAAGUGCUGUCCCAAGGAACUCGAGGUCCUGCAGGACCCCCGGGAAAUGCUGGGCCCAGAGGUCAUUCAGGACAUAAAGGAAUAAAAGGUGAUCCAGGAAUCCUUGGAAUACCCGGAGCAAAUGGUGUUCAAGGUCUAACUGGUUACAAAGGAGCUCCUGGGGAGUCAAGCUAUGGAUAUGGUCCACCUGGACCAACAGGACAAAAGGGUGAACCAGGGAUAAGCAGUUUAAUCAUGAUGAAAGGUCCGAAAGGGGAACCUGGUAUUGAGGGACCACAGGGUGUCCCAGGAAACUAUGGAGCCAAAGGAAACUCAGGACCUGUUGGACAAAAUGGCCCUCCAGGCUUCCAAGGUUCAAAAGGCUCAGAUGGAUCUCCUGGAGUCAAAGGAUACCCAGGACCUACUGGACUGCCAGGUAGCCCAGGUCUUCCAGGUAGAACUGGGACUCCUGGUCCUAAAGGUAACCAAGGUCUUGAUGGAAUUCCUGGGCCUCCAGGGCAGAAAGGGGACAGUGGCAGAGGAACAGGACUACCAGGGAGACCUGGUGAUCCAGGUUUGCCAGGUCCUCUUGGGAACCCUGGGUUCCCUGGAUUGCCUGUAAGAGGAAGUCAUGGACCAACAGGAGAUAAAGGGCUUCCAGGUCCACCUGGCAUCCAUGGUCUAAGGGGACAACUAGGAAGAGAAGGGAUUUGUGUUCCUGGACCCAAAGGAGAUCGUGGAUUACCCGGCAAUCCUGGGAGCAGAGGCUAUCCUGGCCCUCCUGGUGCUCCAGGUUCAACAGAGCAAGGGCUCAAAGGAGACAGAGGAGAACCAGGUUCUUCAGGAAACCCAGGUUUUUGUGGGCCCCCAGGAGAUCCAGGCCCUCAAGGCCCACCUGGUCCAAUAGGCUUACCAGGAGGCCCAGGAGCAAGAGGAGAUCAAGGCCCUUCUGGAAAACAAGGGCCUCCAGGUGAUGUGGGAGACCCUGGAUACAGACCAGGUUUACCUGGUGUCCUUGGACCUAAAGGUUUUCCUGGACCCACAGGUCUCAAAGGUGAACCAACAUUUGGCAGAGAUACAUAUGAACCAGGACCUCCUGGUUCACCUGGUCCCCCAGGAUAUCAAGGAUCCCCAGGGAUCACUGGCCCACCAGGAACACGGGGACCUCCAGGACAACCUGGUUUGAAAGGCAUACCUGGAAUAAGCCCACCUGGUUCCCCUGGAUUUACUGGUCACAAAGGAGCCAAAGGAAAAGCAGGGCUGCCAGGUCCAGAAGGCAGAUAUGGAAACCCAGGCCAUAAGGGUCAGAGAGGUUUGCCUGGAAAAGGUGCUGCAGGUUACGUUGACAGCUUCCUAAUAGCUAGACACAGUCAGACAAUCAGGGUCCCUGACUGCCCCAGUGGCACCAGCCUUAUUUAUUCUGGUUACUCCUUCCUCUUCAUCAAUGGAAAUGAGAGAGCUCACGGUCAGGACCUCGGCACCGUGGGGAGCUGUCUCCCUCGUUUCUCCACCAUGCCCUUUCUGUUCUGUGACACGGAACGUACCUGCCGCUACGCUUCUCGUAAUGACUACUCAUACUGGCUGUCCACUGAUGAGCCGAUGCCUGCCAACAUGGUUUCCAUCACAGCUGACAAGCUGGCCUCCUACAUCAGCAGGUGUUCAGUUUGCGAAACUACUUCCACUGUCAUGACCAUCCACAGUCAAACUACUCAGAUACCUGAUUGUCCCCAGAGCUGGGAGUCCUUAUGGACUGGAUACUCAUUUGUCAUGCAAACAGGAGCUGGGGCAGAAGGAUCCUCUCAGCCCCUGAUUUCUCCUGGUUCAUGUUUGGAAAUUUUCCGUCAAGUMCCCUUCAUUGAGUGUCAUGGCAGAGGGACCUGCAACUACUACCCUGACUCUUACAGUUACUGGUUGGCCUCUCUCAACCAAAACAACAUGUUCAGCAAACCAGUUCCUCAGACAUURAAGGGAACAUCCUUACAGAGUGUCAUCAGUCGCUGUCGAGUCUGCAGAAAAUCAUGAAACUGCAGCCCAGGUGACAGGCUCACUAACAAUGUCGGAAAACAUAAAAUUAAAAAGAAAAAAAAACGGUAUGUGAGAUAGAGCAACUUAAUGUGUGUUUAAUUAAUGUGUUUGUAAUCUAUUUUGUUACUGUCAUCUUUAAUGAUGAUUAUGAACAUUAUGUGAUGCCAUUAAAUCUUUCCAGUGUGA